UUGACAAGAAUAUCCAGAUGUACAGUUCGCUAUGAAAUCGGAAUUGGAAUUAGCAAAUUUCUGAAUAAUAAUAAACGUGUUUUGCAAAGAUGGAGAUGGAUAUGAAGGGACUUAAAAGGAGACAUUAUAUAUAAUAAUAUUAUUCAUUCAAAUGUAAUAGAACGGAAUAAAACCAAAUAACGCAAGACAGAACAAAUCGAAAACCAUGGAUAUGUUACCUACCGUGGAAAUUAUCUGUGGCUACAUAAUUCAAUGUUUUGUAUACAUGGAGGCGCCACUAAACUGGAUUCCAUCUUCAAGCUUCAAAUCGCUCAAACUUCGCAGUUGAUACUGGAUUGUUUUUUAGAAAGAUACUUAAUCGAAAUCUCUCGAGAUAAAGCAGUUUGGAUUGCGCAUUUUAGCUUAUAUUUAGUAUUUUGAGAACAAUAGAUCUCUCUUAAACUAUCACAAAGCUUACUUCUAAAGUGAUAUUCGUAUGAUCUGUUCAGAAUGAGUAGAAAAAGAGGAUUUCAAAGCAGUCGUAAUAUGAGAGAGAGUAGCGAAGAUAUGUUUUUAUCCCAAGACUAUCCUGGCCCGAGCAGCCAAACUAGCCAGGUAUCGUCACAACGUAUUAGAAGUUCAAUCAUCAAGGAUUCACAGAUCAUGAGUUCGCAAGAUAUGGAAACACAAAAAGAAAUGCAACUAAUCAGUAGUAUAAUAAGAUACCUUUUCAUGGCAGAUCGCAACAAGCUACCUAUACAGAAAUCACACAUUAUUAAACAUGUACUAGAUGGAAAUGGCAAAGUAUUUCGUUCUAUUAUAGAGAAUGUAAAUAUACAAUUAUCUGAGGUAUUUGGAUACAGCUUAGUAGAAGUUGAAGGUAAUAAAUAUAUAUUAGUAAAUAAAAUAGAAAAUAAUCUUCCACAUCUCACCUUCAACGAUAAUCAUAAGCUGGUGUUAUUGUAUCUUGUACUUGUUCAUAUUUUUAUGUAUGGUGAAUCAUGCAAAGAAGAAAUAUUGUGGGAUUUUCUUCAAAAUCUGGGUAUUAUAACUGAUGAUAAUUUUCAACAUGAAUACUUUGGCGACAUCAAACAAUUAGUGACAAUAGAUUUUGUAAAUCAGAGAUAUCUUGAGAAAGUAAUAAUAAAUAAGAAUGAUCCAACGGAUUUUGAGUUUACGUGGGGUUCUCGUGCGAAAAAUGAGCUCACUUAUCGUUCCGCUUUGCAAUUUGUAGCAGAUAUAUAUUUACUGUCCCUGAAAGCAGCCUUAAAACUGCAGGCAUUAAAGUCGUAG